UCGGUUGAAUAUACUGGAAACCGGUAUUUCUAGCUAGCAUUUCUCUUGCUUUAUAUCGCUGCAUGAAAGCGCAUACGCGGCUGCGGUUAUCAGUUUGUCUCAUCGUGACUUGCUACAGCAUCAGCGUAUUUACGUUCUUCAAAAUAUUCCCCUGCGCAGAAUCAUUCAGCUUGGUUCAGAUCUGUGAUAAUUACGUUGAUUUGCUUAUUUAUUCGCGGUCCCGUAGACUAUCGUCCAUACUGCAAUUGGUCUGCAGGAUAUUGUUCCGUUAGAGUUUUUGCUUCUGCUGUAUUUACCAGAAUUCAGUAUCGAUGUACAGAAGCAGCAUGAAAAUGGCGAUUGAGGAAAUGCCCAUCAUCGAGCAGCCCAGCAUUGACGAAUUCAUCCACAAUGGUCACCACAUGGCCAACGGUGUGCCACCGCCGAAUUUUGUGGAGCGCGUGUCCAGUCUCCCGUUGGUGCGCAACUUUGUGGAUCGCUUCCUGGUGGCGUACGAGAAAACCAAAGACCGCAAUGGACUGCUGCGCAGCGCACUGGAAACGGGCGAGUCCACUGUGCAGGCCACCGUCAAGGGCGCGGUUACCGUUAUGAACAAGACGGGAAUCACGGGUCGCCUGCAGAAACCACUCGGAUUUGCCGAUCAGUCUGCCUGCUACAUGCUUGAUAAAGUGGAGGAAAAGUUACCCAUUAUCACGAAGUCUCCAUAUGAGAUCAAGUUGAUGGUUAUCCAAAAGGUGGAAGGCAAGAUUGAUCAAAUUCAGACAGCCAAGGAGAACACUGUGGAACGCGUCCGCGACACCAUCGAUUCUGUCAAAGAAAUGGGUUCAGCCAAAGUCCAAGCUGUUAUGGACACGCCGUAUGGUCAGACCGUGAACAAUUACAUCGAAUAUGGACUGCAGACCGCUGAUUCCGCGAUUGACAAGUUCUUGCCAGAAGAGCACCUUAAGAACGGCAACGCUACCAACGGGAACUACAUGGCGAACGGUUAUCAUGCUCGCGGCGGCAAUCUGGAGCACGCUAAGCAUCUCUCUCACAAACUGAAACGCCGCAUCUCCAUCAAAUCUCACAACGUUGUGGACGCCGUCAUCCAGACGCCGGCCGUGACCACGGUGCACGAUACCAUUGCCUAUGUGCGCCGCCGCGCCUCGGGUAAAGUGGUAAUUGAGCGCGUGGAGCGCACCCGCAAGUUCACUCGCGGCAUCGCGGCCAAAGUGUACGUUGCGACGGUGGUUGGUGUGGCGAGAGUGGCCAACGUUUUCCAGAGAACGCUAAUGAUUGUGCUGCCCAGUUUUAUGCAUGAACGCGUCAACUUGCUGCUGGAUAAAGGCGUCAGCUAUAUUCCCAAAAUCGUUCCUAUCCCUGUCGUUGCAGAAGAUCGAAUCGCUGCAAUGGAGACUCGCAGUUUCCAGAGCCCUGCAUGGACGGAUUCCAAAGGGAAAAGGAAAGAAUUAAAAUACAAACCGCCCGGUAGUAGUUAUGUGACGUUCGUGCGUGGAUGGGUGGCCUUCGUCGGAAUGAUGGCCUUGGCCAACACGCUGCAGGCAUUUAUCAGUCCGGAAUUCGUCUGGACACGGCUGUACAAUGCGCCCCGCGCAGGGGCAACGGAGCUGGCCGCUCGCACAUACGGACUGUGGACUCUCCUGGCCGGUGUUAUCCGCUUCUUGUACGCCUACAACAUGUACAGCUGGGAGCUCUUCCUGGCGGCACUAACCACCUUCGUGGUGGCCCUGGCGCACUUCGCCAGCGAACUGCUGUACUACCGGAGCGGCUUGGCGGAUGUGGGCAUGUUCAGCCCGAUCAUCGUCAGCGCCAUCUCCAUACCGAUCAUGCUGGCAGCCAUUCCCUAUAUAUGGCCUUCCGCGGUAGGCCUGGCCGCCGGUGCUGAUGAGGACGACACAGCCGCCAGCAGCGCUAUUGACAUAAGGAAUUUGGUUAAAGCGAAAAAAGCGGCGAAGCGUCAAGAUUAGUCUGUAGUCAGCGGUUAAUCGACAGCGCAGAGAAAGGGGAUGUGGCACACACGCAUAAUCGCCGUUACGCGCUGGGUUUCUUCGCUUGUUCUUGGCACCUGGAUCGGCGCGCGGGGAGGUGGUGUGCGUGUGUGUGGGGUUGGUUGUGUCGGUGUGAAUGAGCGGAGGAGCGCGAUGUUGUGUUGGACGCAGUUGCUUUCAUUGAGGAAUUAACGAGAACUGCUGAUGGCUUUCUGUCUGGCUGUUGACAGUUUAGUUAGAAUUUAUGUAACGGAUUAUUUGGCGGGCGCGCGGUACGGGGGAAAUUAAUCGAUUUCCAAAGUUAAAGCAAUUUGGUUUCGGAAUCGUUCCAUGCAGAUGACGCUGAGAUUUAGCUGGUUACUGUUUCGCAGUAUUAGCUUAAAGUUUGAAAAAAUUCAAUAGGUUUACUUCGACUAAGACAAAUUUUCAUUUGCUGCAAGAGCGGUUUGCCGUUACGUAUUGGCAGUUUCGUCGAUACGUACAGUAGAUGUUGUACCUGUUGCUCAUUAAUUUCU